AACCUUCCUCUGCAGUUGGCUUGCAACGCAUUUCUUGUUCGCGCAGAUGUUUCGUUCAGAUUCGGCUGCAUUAUCGUGAAGUAUUUAAUGGAUCGCUUGCCUUCAUUGGCAGUGAUGAAUGACGUCUCAGCACUAUACGUGAAAUUAUUCAAGAUUAUUUUCUCCGCCAUUGGUUGUCAGAAUUCGGCGAGUCCUGACGGAGAAAUUAUGCUUAAGCCUUAUUUGCCGGAACUUAUUCGUAAGUCCAUGGAGUACGCAUUAUGUGCACGAGAUCCCAUCAACUACUUCAUGCUUCUUCGUGCUCUAUUCAGAUCAAUUGGUGGUGGUCUUCAUGAUAUUCUCUAUUCACAGUUUCUACCUUUGCUACCGGAUUUGAUGUUGUUCUUCAAUAAACUUCAGUCUUUUCAGUGGUGUGAUCAUCGACAGAUGAUGCGAGAGCUCUUUGUUGAACUGUGUUUAACCGUACCGGUGAGAUUGUCGACAUUACUUCCACACCUACCGUUGCUUAUGGAACCGCUUGUUUGCGCACUUAAUGGCGGACCGAAUCUUGUGCAACAAGGUUUGUAA